AUGCAGUUAUUUGAAGACGAUGGGUCGGAACAGAAAUUGGCCCAAGCAAAGGAAGUUUACAAGCAAUAUACACUUCUCAAUGAGCUUGUAGGACUAAGAAUUAAUUUUGAAAAGAUUCUUGAGCAGGUGUCUUUGCUGCCGGACAGCGGGUCUCUUCCAUUAUUUCAGGCCAAUGCUGAGCUUAGUGAAGCAAUUGCAAGCACAGGUGAAAAGGCCUCUCAGCUGUCAAAGGUUAUCAUUGGAUUAAACAACACUGUGAGAGAAAUGGAAGCUAGUACAGUGAAACUCUUGGAGGAUCGACCCUGGUUUGAGCCUACCCUCGGUGACUCACCGUCCGAUGAAUUUCUACCGACAAUGACGUCCUUUCUGGAAACGAUACACGGAGGGCUCUCCUCCAUUGAUCAGACAGACAAGUUAGUUGUAAUAAAUCAAUCAAUAGGCGGACAAAUAAGCUACUUAUUGCAGGAUAUGGAGAGAUAUGCACGACGAAUACAUACAAAUCUGAGAGGGAUUAUUCCGUUGGGCGUUCCAACUCCAUAUACAACCGUUAGCGCAUUCCCCAAUAAAGAUACAAAUGAUGACGAGCAUUCAAACCAGUCUGAGUAUUCUGAUUGUCUCCCUGAACACGAGAAGGCACCAAAGAGGCCAAUAUCACUGCUCGAAGGGGAAGACGCAAUGAACCAAACCCCUAGCAAGAAAGAUACCUCUACCCGCGAGAAGCGCGCACCAGAGAUAUGGCGAGGUUGCUUCUGCGACUCGGAUUUUCUCGUUACUCUCUGCCAAGAUGUGAUGCAAUCUGGCAGUGCAUCCAACCCCAUGGUAGUCAUGGAGCAACUGAAGAGGCUGCAAGCAAAAAAGGCAAGCACCAGGCCACGACGGGACAGACUCAUUAACAAAGAUCGUACAGUUGACACCAAAAAGAUACAUAAGAAGUUGGAAAACUUUAUUACGCCUCUUAAAAGGCCAGACAGCAAGUAUUUGAAGAUGGUACGCGGAAACCUGUUUAAGUAG